CUUAUCUCCAAUCAUGAACGACAAAAACAUUUUAGCCUCCGCAGCUGCAUCCUGAUCCCCAAAAGUCAAUCCUGAGGUCGUCAACAGAUAUAUAUAUGCCAAUAUGGGCUCCCAUUUGUCAGGAUCGAAGUUGGAAGCCGCCCAAGUAUUCAAAUCUCGUCCUUCGACAACAAUAAUCGAUACCUACGCAGUACUAUGUCUUUUCUUCCAUCUGACCAGGAGAAACAUCAGCAGGUGAGCACAGUGCUCACAGACAAAGGUGUCAUCGACCUCCCAAAGUUCAAGCCUGUCACACGUUUGGACGACAUCUCAUAUUCCCGCGUUGGAGAUGCAUACAGGAUCACCUACGAGCCGAAUACUACGUACAUGUCAUACCUGUGCCAAUCGUGACAACAUAGCCUAGGAUCUAUCCGAGUCGUCGAGC